AUGGUAAUAAAUGAUGGUGAGAUGGAAGUGAAUGAUUGUAAUGUUACAAGUGGAAGUGAUUUUGUGAUCACUGAAGUUCAGACUGAUUUGUCACCAGCAACCGUCUCUAUCCCAAUGAAUCGAACUUCUAAAUCACAUCGAAUAUUACUUUAUCUUUAUGGCGUAUUUCAACUGAAACAAGCAUUAUCUUAUGUCAAAGAACAUCUGAAACCAUCGCCGGUAUUUCCAGAUGAUUAUGAAUUCACUAUUCAAACGACGGAAAAUGUUGACGAUUUGGUUAAAGUUAGAUACCAGUCACGCCAUAUUGAUAGUGAAAUAUAUCAUACCUAUGUUGAAUAUAGCAGUAGCACAUUACCUCCUAUAACAGGAUGGUACUGCAGUUGUAUUGUGGGCGAACGAACUAUUGGACGCUGCAGGCACGUGGCUGCUACGCUAUGGCAUUUGUGUUUAGACCAGGCCGUGACACACCAGACAAAAAGAACUUACAAUAAUUUUUUUGAUUUUGUUGAGGAUACUACGCAGUUCUCAGAUUACGAAAACACGUCCGACGAAGACGAUGAUAAAACGCUAUAUGAAUUAGUAUAG